AUGGACACCGAAGGCUUAUCAGUAAUCUGCGCUGGCCUCGGAGUCGUCGAAGAGGACAACGAAGGCAACCGAAUCGGCUUUACCAAAGGCGAAUACUGUCUCGAUAACCUGAAAGACUUGCUGCGGUUUCUGAGGCGCGACGAUCCUCAAACGCGCGAUGUCUUCAAGCAAGUUUGCAAAUGGAACAUCGUUUUCAAGUACUUGAUACCCAUCAUCGAGCUCUAUCACGAAGAUCGCAACUUGCUUCUGAAUUCAGUGAAGGUGCUGGUGUUUCUUACUAUGCCGAUCGAGCCUUCUUCCACAGAUAUAUCUCAACAGUUGGAGUAUCUGUGGGGUGUGAAGUCUGCUGUGACGAACAGUGAUGUCGCUGCAGUGAUAGUGUCGUUUUUAGAGAGGCCGCUUGAGAAUUUGGAACGAGAUGCAUUUACCGAGGAUGAUUGGAAGCUGGUCCAGCUUGUGCUUACAUUAUUUAGAAAUGUUCUAGCUGUUCAAGAAAUUCCGUUGCACCAGAAGUCCGGUGGACUUGCCAGUCAGUUUCUAUCUCUAAGGGACCGGUUUCUGGAGCUUUUGUUUCGCGAGAAUGUAAUGGAUAUAAUCCUGGUUAUUUCUCAAUAUGUUGGUGGUUCUAAUGUUUAUCUCCGUCACGAUAACUUGCUUCUACUGGAAAUUUUCCAUUACAUUUUGAUGGGUCAGGACCCGGAGUUAAUUAUUAGGACACUGUCGAAGGGGUCAAAGGCGGAUGAAGAUCCCCAGGCUUCUCUUAAUAGUCUCCAGUUCAUUAUGGAGAAGGAAAAGAAGAGAAGAAGCGUUUGUAAGCUCAACAAUCUGAAUCGACAUUCUCAAUUUAGUGGAACAUUUUCUCGGCUUACAAUGGAUGGUUCUAAGGCAGUAGUUAAGGGGAAUCCUAAUUCUUCUCAUAAUGUGCUGUUUAAAGCACAAAAUGUCACUCGGGGUCCUACCAAAAGAAUUGCGUGGGAUCAUCCAAGGUUGCCUUCAACAAAGGAUAAGAUUUUGGAGUUGCUUCAUGGGUUUGUGAAUCAGUUUCUUUCUGGGGGAUACAAUGUUUUGAUGCGAUCCAUACGAGAAGAUAUCGAAAAUGAGCAUCCGUCAAUUCAAAGAAGUGAUGUUGUUGUUUUCUUUCACGUGGUUGAAUUUGUCACUUCAUUUCAGUUUCAUAAGUAUUCAGCUUCUAAGAACAAGGAGGGAGGGGAUACAUUUGAGAAAUUUGAUGAUAAAGAUGCAGUUACCUCAGAUUUCAGUGGUCAAAUAUGCGGUCCAAUUGCCGCAUCCUUGAAUGAGUCAAUGUUUCUAUUGGUCAUUUCGAAGUGGCGGCAUGCGUAUGAUGGUCUAAAGGAAACAAAUGACCACCAGUUUCUAUCUGCAGCUGGUUCUCUUUUGAAAAACAUGAUUCGAAUGCUGGAUUUGAUACUUAAAUUGUUGCCAGAAGACUCAAAGGAGCCACAGACAGCUCGCAUCCUUCUGUACAAGUUAUCUUAUGAUCAGACUGAGGAAGGGAUGACACAGUUCAUAUUAAAUUUGAUGAAAAACUUUGAUACCCACAAGCAACCCAAAAGUGAUCUUGCAGAUUUGGUAGAAAUCAUUCAUAAGGUUGUAAAGCUGAUGGAUAAUCUUCAGUCUCGAGGAACAUUAAGGGUGUCCAGAAAAUCAAGGAAAGUGAAAAGAAAAAAAAUUCCAGAAGGAACAGAAUCAAAGGGAAAACUAACUGGAGAUAUUUCUUGCAUUCAAAAUGAAACUGGCAUCUCACCAGUCAAUCAAUCAGCAGAAAAUAAGCUACUGCAGGAAUGCCUACCAAAUCCAAAUCCAAACCCCCCUGGGGAAGAUGUUGUCCAUGAUGAUAAUGAACAUGAAAAUCAUGUUGAGGAAGAUGGGAACUCACAUGUUGGGUUGGAACCAAUGGAAGCAACAAAUCCUAAACAUGUUAAUGAGGAUAUGUUGGAUGGUACUGAUGAUUUUUCUGAAGAUGAGCAACUAAAUGCAAUUAAUGAAGUUGAUUUCAAGGUUUCAACGCUGGUCUCUGCCUUUGCAAAUCACAAUAUCAUUCAGAAGUUGUGUUGGUUGCUCAAGUUUUAUAAGAGCAAUUCCCUUGCUACAAAUCAUUACAUAAUAAGCAUGCUGCGGAGAAUAAGUGAUGAUCUUCAACUCCAACCUAUGCUUUACCAGUUGUCACUGCUCACAACUUUCUAUGAUAUCCUGGUUGAACAAAAGUCAUGUCCCUGCAAGGAAUAUGCAGAUAUAGUUGAUUUCCUGAAUUGUUUGGUCAGAAAGAUGCUAAAGAAAAUGAAAAAGCAACCUCUCUUGUUUGUGGAAGUCCUUUUCUGGAAGACUCGAAGGGAAUGUCAUUACAUUAAUGCUGAAUAUUUGUUGAGCGAACUUGGUCAUUUGAAGAAGGAAAGUACCAAUUGGAAUAACAAUCCACGAGAUGAAGACAUUGGUUCAUCCCCAGCAAAGGUUUGGACACGCAGAAGCCUAGCCGAUGCACUUGGUGAGGAUGAGGCUGAUGUUUUGAUUACUCAUGACUCAGGAUAUCAAAAAGACAACCUUCAUGAUGUUAUUGAAGGCUUUGCAUCUACAUCUGGUGCUUACAACGGAAAAGAUGAUCAUAAGGAGGAGCAAUUGAUGGAAGAUGAAUCUCAACUAGUUCCAAGGAGAAGGAAAAAACUUAUUCUUGAUGGUGGUUUGGAAGGACAGAUUAAGGAUCUCUAUGAAAAAUUCAAAGAUGACAGACAUUGCAGUCGUCGUAUAGCUGAAGUGCUAGAUCCAGAUGGUAAAAUUUCACCAGCUCAAAUUUCAAAUACUUUAAAAAGAUUAGGACUAACAGCUGCACCUAGGAGGAAGAUGGGUGAUAAUGAUGCUGAAGGACUUUUGUCUACUAGCCCCAAUCAGUUAGAUGGUGGCACAAUAACAGAGGAUACCAAUCAUAAAUCAGUGAAUUUGGAGGGAAACAAGUUAGUUCAACACCUGCAAAAAAAGAAGAGAGUCCGGGCUUUCAAUGAUGAUCAGGAAGCACUGAUCAAAGUUCUAUAUGAGCAAUUCAAGGACCAUAGAAGAUGUAGCUACAUGAUAGCCAAUGCACUGGAUGAGGAUGGUAAAUUCACUGCUGCCCAAGUCUCUCGAAAACUUAAGCAGCUUGGUUUAUUACUUCCUCAGAAGAAGAGUUCUGGAGGCAAAAUGCAUGCAAAGGGUGCAGAUCUCAUGGAUAGUUCAAAUGAUCGGAUGGGUGAAUCUGAUGAUGAGACGUUGAUAUCAUUGUUAAAAAGGAAGAAAGUGGAAAAUGACAAUAUAUCAAUGGGACAGUCACAUGGGCAAACCAAUGAGGAUAGAUUGCCAACAGAUGAUUCAGAUGAUGAAAUGCUCUGUGUUAUCAAGAAAAAAUUAAAUAGCCAAGUAUCAACUGAGAAAUUACUCGAACCCAUCAGUGAGUAUACAUCGUCAAGAGAGGAUUCCGAUGAUGCAAUGAUUAGCUCUGCUCUGACAAGAACUGGAAGAUCCUUUCUUAAAUCAAAGAAAGAUGAGCUUGGAAAUAUGCAAGAUCAGGCGAUUAUAAUGGGCGAUGAUUCUUUUAAUGGAGGCAUAACAGAGGUUUUGAAAAGUGAAAAUCGUGUUGAUUUCAUGGAUUCCUCCCAAGUAGAAUAUCAGCAAAUGGACGACUUAGUAGAUUCAGAGGAUGAAGUGAAUGUCAGUGCAUUUCCUGAUAAUGCCAGAUCCAGAAGGAAGCUGAGAAUGGUGAUUGAUCCUGAGGACGAUGAGUGA